AUGAAAAACUACAAAAAAGUUGGUAUUUCAAAUACUAAGCACUUAAAUAAUGAGAUUGGUUAUUAUAAAGAAUGUGUAAGGUUUCUUCCAUCUGAAAGAGUUGAUGAUUAUUGUACAUCUGAUGCUAUUAAUUAUGAUCGAUUAAGGGAAGCAGGAAUGAAAAGAAAUAAAGCACUUCAAUUUUGUACUGCUAAUCAUUGUAGAAUUGAUUCAACUUAAGUUAAACAUGGUCCUCCAGGUUUAAAGAUAUUUAAAACAAAAAUAGAUAAAUUUAAGUAAUUAAAUGGAUGGUAGAUGGUAGGAAGAUUAAACUAUGUGGAAACUAUGCAAUAAGAGUAUUCUGAUGAUAGUAAAUGGUAAAUAUAAGUAUAAAAUAAAGAAGAGUCAAAAAAAUUAGAAUAAUUAAAAUAAUUUUAUAGUGAUCUGGAUAUAAAAUAUUCAUUCAAUGAUUUAAAUUUAGAUUAAACAAUCACAAAAUUAAGAUCAUUGUCAACUGAAUAAAAUUAUAAGAGUAGAGUACCAUAACAUUAAAUAAAGGAUUCAAAAAAUAAUAUUAUGUACUAUGAAAUGGCAGAGUAUAUAUUAUAAUUAAAAAAACCAUAAAAUACAUUGAUAUCUGAUUUAUGUGCAUUUGAUGAUUCUUUGCCAUUAGCAAGAUAAGAAUAUUAUGAAAUCUAACCAAAAAGAAUUGAGAAUGCAGCUCCAUUAUAUUCACCAUAAAAUUGUGAGAAAAGAUCAAAAUUAUUAAAAGAGUUAACUAGAGCUUAUACUGGGAAUGUGACUAUAACGGAACCAUCAGAAGAAUUAAAAAAAGUAAGUAAUUUAUAAAUUAUUGGCUAUUAGAACUUCUUAUUAGAUUGAUUAUAAUAACAGUUAAUAUGUAGAAGGUUAUAAAUAAAAAAAUGGAAUCCUUAAAAGUUUAAAUGAAAAUGAAUAAUUAAAGUCAAGGAAAAUAAAAUAAAGAUGUAGUAUAAAGACUCAAAGAAUAAGUAGAUAAUCUCCUGAAGAAGAAAGAAUAAAUAAAAACGUAUAGUUCAACAAUAAAUUGA